GCGUCGCGCGAGUUAGUUAGACAGACGCCGCUAUCGCCAUCGUUGGCGACAGCGUAAAUCCGCCGACGAGUGGCACGUCUGUGUGAGAGCGGUUCUCCUUGGUAAGCGUGACGUAAUUGUAUUGAUCGCGCGCGCGGAGGAAGGGCCCCUCGAGAGUCGCGCAUUCGCCAUCUUGGACGAAUUGUUGGAGAGAAGAGGUUUCUUGCGUGUCUCCGUUAGGCGCGGCGCGAUCCGGUCGGAAGUGGUAAUCCGCGUCGAUCCGCGCGUUAAUCUAGUUUUACUGGGAGUUAACCCUAUUGUGAAUUGAUAACCCAUUUGGACGGACCAAGACAAAGGGUUCGUUCUUUGGGUCUGAUUGGUACUAAAUGGUUGCGUGCAGACAGCAUGUCUACUCUGUCAGGGAUUGUGUCGAAGGGGGAGAAAGGAAAAUCCAAGUUUCAAUCACUAGAUAUCAAUAGCUUGUAUCGGGUGAGUAGGGGUGAAUCUUUGGAACCGCAUCAACAAAAAAAUACAUUACCGCGCAAACAUGGAAUGCAAAGUCUUGGAAAGGUGCCUUCGGCACGGCGUCCUCCUGCUAAUCUGCCCAGUUUAAAAAGUGAAACUAGCAGCAGUGAUCCAGCUGUCAGUCUUGUGCCAAGUGGAGGAAGUGGUUGGGCUACUACUAAGGACUCGACAUCAUCGACCACUACUACUACCACAGUAGCAACUUCACCUGAUAACACUACUACUGUCUCUUCAUCAGCACAAUGCGCAGCAGGAACCACUGUUUCAACAUCUCUACACUCGUUAUUACCGGGACAACAAAAUGUAUCACAAUCCCCUUUUUUGGAUCAAACAAACAACAAGUCAUCAUGGAGUGCGAUUAUGAGCAGAUCAGGAGAUGUGGUUGGUUACGCGGGGCUCGUGGGGGGCGCGAAGGGGGCAAGAGGUGCCCUUGGACUGAGUUUCCUCGCCCACCAGUCCCCGCAGUUCCAACACGAGUUUCCCAGUCUCAGCGGACAGCCCUCCGCCUCCGUCUCCACUCAGAGCCAGACUCAACAAUCCUCAACAACAUCCAAUGCGAUCUCAAUCGCAGUCCAUCAGUCGUUACUGCAGCAACAGCCAUACUCCCACAACCACUCAGGUGGCACACCGGGAAAUCAACAGCAGUCGAAUCGAGAGUUAAAUGCGCAAUAUGGACCGGGACCGAGCCUGCGUCCACAGACCGAAGGAAGUUGGAUUCAAGGCGGAAGUCGCACGGCAAGUGGCGCAGCGCCACCAACAUCAGCUGGUCCCGGAAAUGGGAAUACUCCGGGGGGCCAGGGCCUCCCUUUAAAUAUACCUGUUUCAGGAGGACACACCCAAGAGGGACCCGGUGGAGGGCGGCAGAACUUGGGCCAAUCGCCCAACAUGGGCGCGGGCCCGGCAGGCCAGCAUAAUUCCGUAAAUAAUCAAGGUUCUGCGCCUUCUUCCGGUACCCAUCAAAUUGGGCCGAAUUUACAUCACUAUCGAGGACUUAUCCCGCCAUUUAUGUAUAGAUCAAAUUUCCCUGGUGGAUUUCCUCCGCAAUUUGCACCAAAUUCUGGAUCCAACAACCCCCGACCCAGAUUUAAUCAUCCUCUGGAUCGAUUUCCACCUCCUCAACGUGAUCGCGUAGCCGAGGAAGAGAUUCUGACUAGACCCAUUAUCAAGGAAGAAGAUCUUACUCGUAUGGAUGAUAUUUCACGUGAUGCAGGAUGGGCUGCGCAUGAUGAUAUUGAUUAUAACCAAAAAUUGGCCUUUAGCGACGAUGAACUCGAAUCAGAACCAUCGAAAACUGACGAGAAAAAAGAUAUCAAGGAGAAGAAGAACGAUGAUAAUGCCGCGGAGGAGAAGGAGAAGUCUCGGGAUAAUCCUCGAGACCCGAAGGAGCUUCGAGAUCCGCCGCAUCGUCCUUGGACUCAACCUUCUAUGAAUCGCGAUUAUCGUGGAUCAAAUGGCGCGAGUGGUGGUGGCGGCUACAACAAUCAAUCGCAAUUGCACUCUGUACAUUCUUUAAGAGGUGUCGAAGACGACGAGACGUGGAACGAAAGGCGUAGAAUCAAAGUUGAAGUUGCGUCCGUUGUCGAACGUGCACGAUUGCGCAAGGAAGAAGAAGAGAAACGUUUCCAAGAAUCGACAAAACAAGCGGCAGCUAAGAAAUUACAGGACUUGGAGCAAAAGAUGAAAGAGAAACAGGCGAAGCACAAAGACGAGGAGCGCGCACAGUCGAGCGAUUCUAAAAGCUUAAUCAGCGUUCCACCUGUACCUCUUCCUAUACCCGAAUGGGAAAGGGAAAAGGAAAAUAGAGAGCGAGAAAGCAGAGAACGAGAGCGUGAAAGAUCACGUACUUCGUCCGAAGGGAAAGAUGAGAAAAUCAUCGCAUCUGGACGCGAAUCCCGCGAUAACCUUGCGAGAGAAGGCCGAGAUCAAGGACUGGCGGACUUUCGUCAGAAUGAUCGGCAGACUUUUUUACGACAACAAGAUACGGUGCGCAGCGAGCGUGAAAGAGAACGCGAUCGCGAUCAAAGAGACUCACGAGACCGCGAUCAACCGGCAUUUUCCCGACAUUUUCAAAAUAAUUUACCGCCCAGAUUUCAAAAGCAACAGGCAGAGAGAAGCGGUGCGAAUUUCAAUCGAAUUUCACCCAAUGCGGAAAGACCUGCUACACAAUCUGUUCCAUUCUCUCAGCAAUAUGAUCCUAGCAGAUGGCUUCACAAUUACAAUUCAUUGAUAGAUAGUGGUAUGAAGCAGUCCAUACCACCGCAACGUCGUAAUAGAACCGAUUCUGAUGCAUCGGCACCAUUGGACGAUGAACGACCUCCGUCUCGAGAUCAUCGCAGUGGUGGCGCGCCGCCAUCGAGAGAAGAUCGUUAUCGGCAUUCUUCACAUCGGUCUUACGACGGUCGCAAACCGGGUGGAUAUUACGAUGAAUAUAGCCGUAAUUUUAGAGAUUACGAGUAUGAUGAUAGACAUCCUCGUGACUCUUGGGAACGUGAGAGACAUUUUGACGAUAAGGAACGAGAUCCAAAGGAGAAUUUGGAUUCGAGAGAUAAUCGUGACAGCAAGGAUUCUCGUCCUACCAAUCGUGACGCUCGAGAUGUCAGAGAUAUGCGCGAUCGAGAUAAUAAAGAAAAGAAGGAUUACGACAGUUAUUCGAAGGAUUCUUUUGAUGAACGAGAACAAAGGGAGCGUUCUGAAAGCUCAGAAUGGCGUGAAGAACGUAACGCAGGACAAGACAGACAACUCGAAAAUCGCCGCGAUGCGCCAAAGGAAGAGCGUAGUGAACGGCCGCAGAGACCAGAUUCACGCGAUAGUCGCACUUCUAGAGAGUCGAAAACUUCUUUACGCGAUGACGAGCUGCAUAAAUUACGCGAUUGCAAUUCCUGGGUGAGCGAAGUGUCAGAUUAUGAGGAAAAGAAACGAGACUUGUUAUAUCAUGAAGAAGUUAGAGAAAGAGAUAGAGAUAGAAGGCAGCCGCCUGGUCCAGUUACGAAAGAAAAGAUUGAAGCGGACGAAUUGAAGAACGAAAAGCGCAGUUUGACUCAAUUGAAGAGAGGUAGUUCUGAUCUUCAAGAGAAGAAAGAUCAAGCGAAAGAAAAUACUACCGAGACAAAAAAAGAUACGGAUGUGUGGAAUAGAAAAACGGAACGCACUUCGGAAACCAGGCAGAUCGAGAGAGGUGAUAAUUCACCAAAAGCGUGGGCCGAUGCAAUAUCGCCAACUUUUGAAAAGGAAGAGGAAAAGAUAGUGGAAACUGUUAAAGAAAGCAAGGAAAGUGAUGAAAUUAAACAAAGUUUAUUGGAUAAGCCAACCUUGGAAAAGAGAGAGGAAACUAUUACCGAAGAUGUAAAAGAACAAGUCAAGGAUGAGAAGCGAGAGAAGAAUACACGUAAUAGAACAAGCAGCGGUAGCUCUAGUUCUAGAGUUCGCGAAUCUCGCGGUGGACGUCAAUGGGGAGGAACCUUCAGUGUUUUCACUCGUUGGCGUGGCCCGGAAUCUAGAGGACGAAGAGGCGGGCGACCUGCUGCUGGUAAGUCUGGAAUGUCCGCCAAGAGCGGUUCCUAUGGACAUACCGAUUCCGAAAACAGUGCUGAUGAAGUAUCCGGCUCCACUGAGUCUGGAAAGGAGGAUAAGCGAUCCACUCGCUCUCCCAAACCGUCUCAGAAGGUCGAGAAAGAGGAACGCAAUCGCGAGGUAUCAAGAAGAGACGAUAAGCGAGGUACCGAGGCAUAUUCUCAAGCGCGUAGUGACAAGAGAAGCUACGACGGGAAACCCAGUCAUGAGGCUUUUGCACCGUCAGGCGAACCAUCCCGUCGUGGUAGAGGCGGUUUUCGCGUUCGGAACACGGCAACAGGUAGCCGCAUGGAAGGCUAUGGACCGCCGCCGUCCAGCAAGAGCCCAUUUUCGGAACGUAACGCGGACGAGAAGCAUCAACAACAGAAUGUCGGACGGCAAAAUCCACCGACGCCAACCUCGGAGAAAGAAGCAAAUCUCUUGCAACCCGCGUCAGUUGAGUCUACCGACGACAAGAUAAUUGCAAAACAACAAGCGCUUACGGCGGGUAUUACAGGCAGACGUAAUAAAUCCCCGAGUCAACAAACUCAACAGUCCGCUAAUAAACAAGAAGCGAAUCAAGGCGCCAAUGUUCUUUCUCAAAAGGCGCAAAUACGAAAAGAAGAGUCGCGUUCCAAGAGAACUCGUAGUGGAAGCAGAAGAGGAAGAGAUAAUCGCGAAGUUCGUUCGCGUGGCAGUAGCAGUAAUGUAUCGAAGCAGCCCCAAUCGGACGUAGGCAACGAGGAUUGGGAAACUACGUCGGAAAAUAGCGAGGAGCAUAUAGAGGAUCACAAGGAGUCUCGUAAUAGUCGCAACAAGCAUUUCGGUGGACGAGCUAUUCAAGCCACAAACCAAAAUGCUAUCGGCGCAAAUUCGCAUUCGCGUAGGAACGAGCAAUCGACGAAUGUCAGAGAGCAACGUGAGAAAAAUCCCAAGUCUUCCAAUCCGGCAUCACGAGCCCCGGGAGCGGAGAAACGGAAUCUGCAGAACGCCGGGUUCGGCGCUCAAAAAAAUCAUAAUUCCGAUGGCAUUCCGCCCUUGAUGCAAAACACGCAGAUACAGAACGGCGGAAGGUCUAGAAGUCAGAGCUCGACUAACAGCGGCGCAAUCUCAAAUAAGUCGAGUAACAAAGAUAGUAUGGUUAAUCGUAUCGAUGAAAUUAAAUUAACCGAUCCGAACCUCGUGAAUCAAGCGCUGAACGAUCUCAAUAAAAAGUCUCAAACGAAAGAUAAGAAGCUGAUGGAUUCGGAAAUGGAAACCAACAGCUGUGCUGAGGACACUGCGAAUGCGGCGGUGGAAGAUAAAGUAGAUGCUGAUGGUUUUCAGGAAGUACGUUCCAAGAAGAACGUGAAGGAAUCAAGACAUAGUCAGAAGGAGGAAGCGAAGCCAGUUAAGAGAGACAAAGAGAAGGAACGCGAACGCGAUCGCUCGAAAUCAAAGUCGAACGGAUCGCAACAGGCUUUGCAACAACAGGUACAAAAUAUUCCGCCCUUACUCGGUCAGAAUAUUCCUCAACCGGCGAACAUACCGCAGAAACGGGAAUACGACAACAGAAAUUCCAGAAAUCCAAGACUAGCUCCGCGUUUCCAACGUCUGGUGAAACAACAGCAACAACAAAUGUGCGCGACCGACGCGAGCGAUAUGAGUAAGUUGAAUAGUUCUGGAAACAAUUAUGCAAAGGACUCGUCUAGCAAUCCUGCGCCACCGCCGGCGGUCAAUGCUUGGGAUAAACCUUUCACUAGCCAGUUGCGUUCGAAUUCUCCGUCCGCGGUUCCUACGGAUAUUCAACUAAUGUCGAGUUUAACAACUCAAAACGAUCACAGUCACGAAGGUAAUGAAGCUAAUUCUGGACAUAGCAGCCAACGAAAUUCCCCGAGCGGGGAGAAAACGGUGAAAAAUCUGAAGGAGACCCUGACGGAAAAGAACGUCGUGUCUGAUGUGUCUUCGCCUCCCGUACAGACCUUGAUCUUCGAAAACACGAAUUAUUCAAAGACUACGAAGACCGGACCGACAGAUUUGGCGGUGAAAUCGAAAUUCUCGAAUCACAUUAAGACGCAGCAGCAACGAGCCGAAAAGCGCGUGGAAAUGGAAGAAGAAGGCAACAGUCAGGUGCAGCAACACCCACAGCAACCAGCACUUUCCGUUGCUUUCCCCAAUAAACCGAAUGAUCUGAUAAAGGAUAAGAAUCAGGAACCUAUUCAAAUGCCAUUGUCAUUUAAUAAGAACGAGGACAGUGCCGACAUGAAGUUGGACUUUACGUUUGAUUCGGAUCUUUCGCAACUGACAGAGGACAAGAGUAAGAGCUUAGGCAUGCCGCGUUCCAUACAUAUGACCGGCGGUCAAAGCACGAUAUCGCCUUCAACUGCGGAGCUUAACCUGAAGAUCGCAUCUGUGAAGAAAGUUUGGGAGAACGCGCCACCGAUGCCAACUGUAGUCGAACACGAGGAUGGUAGCGGUGUGGUCGGAAGCACAACCAGCUUCCCGCAGGCGUUUGAAAGCGGCGACGUUGAUGAUAGUUACAGCCCGCAUCAGCAAUACAAUCAAAACAAUAUGAAAAGCGAAAUCACGACGUCUACAAAUGUGUGCAAGUGUCCCUUGUGGGAAAAUGCUGACUCUUUGCCUGAUGCGCAGCUGGUUCCCCCGCAGGUGAAGCCGCAGCAACAAUCUUCGGGGAGCAGCGGUACGCAACCAGGAUCCACUGUGCCUGGACCGAGUCCCAUCGGAGCCGGUCAGAGUCCUAUCGGUCAUCCUCCUGUUAGUCUUCAGGGUCCUCUAAGCCCACCCCCGUUCAAUUCUACAGGUCAACCCUCGCACAUAAACUAUCAGGAGUUCCCGCAAUAUCCUGGUUCACAAGCGGCGCAAUACGGUAGCAUGUCGGCCAUACCGUCGCCACCGGCGGUAUUAUUCAAUACAGGCUCGGGUCAAUUGCCGGCUCAAGCGGGCGGUUUAUACGGAGCGUUUCAAUUGGAUCAAAGCCGAUCACCGUUUACGCAGUACGCACCGUACGCGCCGUCUCUCCAGAGCUCGUUUAGUCAGCAAAAUGUAUAUCUGCAGCAACCGCCACCUCCGCCGCCUCACGCACCGAAUGCUCCCACACCGGAAAUGUAUCAAAACAACUUAUCUCAAUACCGCAUCACUGCGGCAGCUGCUCCCCCAUUUGGACAGAAUCAACAACUCAGCAACAAUCCUAAUACAGUACUUAUCAGCUCAUCGUCAAAUUCGUUGAUGUCGGCGAGCGUGAAACCAUCAUCUCAACCAAUCGGAGCUAUCGGAACUAAAGCUCCGCAUUUCCAAACUCCAUCCGCUCCUCAACCUAAUCAAUUGGCUUAUAUACCAUACGAUCCAAAUCAAGUGCUUGGUGUAAGCGGCAGUUAUUUGAACAAUUCGCAAUUAGUACAGAGACCUGGUCCAAAUGUUCAAGCAUCUGCUAAUAGUUACUACAGCGCCACAUCUGCCGAUGUGUUUCCUGGAUCACAAACGGGCUUUUACCAAUCUGGCGGUGCCACUCAACAAACUGGAACUCAUUACGGUUUGCAAGGAUUUGGCCAGCAUAAUCAAAGUCUGGCAACGGGUAACGCGACUCCUGUCGGUCUACAAAACUAUGGUCCCAGUUUUUUGUCUAGUUCAGGAUUGCAAAUAGCAGCAGCAGCUCAACAAUUUCGCAAUCCCACUGGUGGCUUACCAGGACCAGGAAAUGCGGCGCCUACAUUUCUUAGUAAGCAUCAACCGCAGGAACAACCCAGACAAUUGAAGAGCCCAUCGGGAAAUCAACAAGAUGUGCUUGCAUCAGUUUUUGGCUCGACUUCUCAAAUACCAUCACCUAAAUCGAGAAAUUGCAAACAACAAUCUUCGUCGCAACAACCACAGCCAAGUCCUACACAACAUCACAAGUAUCAACAAUAUCAGGGCGUUAGCCAGUCUGCUCUGGUAAGCAGCUACAAUAACUACGUUUUGCAACAGAAUGUACGUGGUAUGGGUAUGCCGCCUCGUGCUGGUAUCCAACCAUCACAACAGCGUUACCCACCUCCGAUACAGCGACCUGUAGUACCGUUUGCACCAGGUCCGAAUAACCCUACGCAGCAGCAGCCUGGUUGUAUGCCAACGCAACAGCAGCAACAAACUCAAAUUAACCGUCAUAGACCAAAUUUACAUCAGCAGCAGCAGCAGCAACGUAGCAUGAAGAUGCAACAACAAUAUUAUUCACCGCAAGGAAACGUUAAAAUGGAUUCGAAUGACAAAACUGAUAAUCAUAAUGACAAGAUGAAUGAUGGCCCUUCUGGAACACAGUCUGUAGGUAAUAAGUCCAAUGUGAACCAGCAAGAUAGUGAUAAUAAUAAGGAGGAAGUGAAUCAGCAAAAUGAGUGAAAUACGUGAAUAUUUACGUGAAGGUGAAUACAUUCGCUCUUCCAUUUGUGUGGAAAACAUCUUUCUUUGGUUAAACCUUUGAUAUAAUUUCGUCGAAAAAAAUAAGGGCAAAGACUGACGUGCUUUUUUAUAUCAUGAGAAAAGGAGCACGCAGUGUCAUAAUGAAAUUCGUUUAUUUACGAAAUCACGUGCUUAUAUAAUCGACUAUAGCAGUUAAAUAGAUGAAUUAAAAAUCUGAUUUUUGUGCUGAAAGAAGGAAACUUAUAAGAAGAUAACAUUAUUUAUACGCACCUCUACCCGUUCUUUAGUUUUAACAAUAUAAACUUUUCGUCUUUAUGCAGUCGAAAAGACGUUUAUAUUAAGCAUUUCCAUUAUUAAAUAUAAUAUUGAAUAUAUAUAUUUAUAAGAAUAGCAACGAGUUAAUCAUGAGCGUUGAUUGAUACUGCUACAAAAAGCUUGAAAAAAGUGACACAUUUAAAAUGUCCUGUGUAAACGUUUAAAUAUUUGACUCGAGAAGAAAUGUGUCGUCGUCGAGUGAAAGCUAAUCGAUCACAGAUGCGAGUCGGAUAACAAAAUAUCUGUAUCGUUAUGUAUUAAGAAUUCAUGAGAUUGUAUCUGUGGGAAGAGAGAUAAAAAAUUAUAGACUUUAUAUUAUAUAUAUAUAUAUAUAUGUAUAUUCAAAUAUAUAUACAUAUACAUAGAUAUAUCUCUAUACCCAGAUCAAUCUGUGACAAAUGAUAAUGAAUCCUAGGAUACCUAGGACAUCUGAUGCAAGUUUUCUUGAUCACAUAGAGAUAGGGAGGUGAAGUGAGAAAAAGGGAAAACGAAAGAGAGGAAACAAUUAGCAAAAGGAAAGUUACAAUUAUUGCAAUCUCGUAUGUAGCAUUGAAAGAACUGAAAUUAACGGCGGUAAUAAAGUCCUCCGUUUAUUCAAACAAUGAAAAUUGGAUUUACUUAUCGAUUAUGAUUGUGUAUCCAUGAAUUGGAUCUACGCAUGACUAUGUCACAUCCCUAUGUAUCGCGACAAGGAAAAACUCUAUAUGUAUAUUUGUCGAUGAUGCGAGAUCAUGGUGAAACUCGUGCGGAAUAGGAAUCCGUUGUUGAUAGAUAUUGCACAAAUCAUCAUGAUCUGGCUUUAUUCACAACGAGUUUCAAUCAUUAGAUAUAUAAGAUACUGCUUGUGAAGCGUGAAAAGCUGAAUAUGGCGGAUUACGUCGAGUCUUACCGUCGAGUCUUACGUCGAGUCUUUUCACGUUUAGAAAGAUUAUGUUGAAUCAAGCGAAUCGCAACCUAAACUACUACUAUCGCAACGUAUGAAAAAAAAGGAUUGUAUAUUCUCUGCUUUCGUUGCAGUUAAAGCUUUGUUAUAAAGAUAAAGCUCAUGAAAAAUAAAUAGUAGUAUUCACAGGAGCCCGUCGUUGCAAGAUUUAUUCAGCAAAGAGACAGUGUGGCCAUGCCCAUUUUGCCCGGUUUUCGUAAGAAACCUAAGGUGUUGAAACAGAUAGGAUGUUAAUUUUCAACAAAAACAAAAUAUACUGCCAGUCGUGCCGACGACCACUAUUCUUGAACUCUGAAAAUUUUUCAUGUAUUCGUGAUAUGUCUGUAUGAAUAGUGAAACAUGUAUUAGAGAAAGAGAAGACACUUCACAUGUAGACUUGUUAAAAAUUUAACACUUCAAUGAAUUUAGAAAAUAUCGAUUAAGAAAGACGAUGAAAAUAGCAAUUUUAUUCCUUUUUAUCCCAAACAUUUUUUCUCUAAAACAUUGUGGGAAUUUAAAAAAUAAAUUAAAAGAUGUGUGUAAUAUGUAAAUCGACAUAAUGGCGAAGCCACGACACUCGAAUUAGGAGGCUACACAAUUCCUCUCGUGUUACAAAGAAAUGAGUAUUUCGUGAAAUCUCGCCAAGUAAUACGGGGGUAAUAUAUAUAAUAUUAAAAAAGAGAACUAUUGGAAUCAUGAAAAAAAUAUAAAAAAACAGUAGUAAAUAUUUCUCUCUUGUGUUGUCUUGAUUUUCUAGUAUUCGUAUUCGGUGUGCUCUCUAUUGUAACUUUUCCCUAACUUUCGUCAUCAAUUGUGUGCAUGAUUCCCUCAUGUAUUUUUAUAUAAAUAUAUUGAAAUUUUGUUUAAUCAUCAGAAUUUCAAUGCUUAAAAAAACACAUUUAUAUUAUAAAUAUAAUUAUUGACUAUACUUAUUAGAGCAUGAUACGAAUACUGAAGAAUCAAGUUCUCUAUCAUAAAUCGCGAUGGCUCUUUGCGCGAUUACCACUUUGAUCAUCAGCAACUGGAUCAUUAUCAGCAGCAUUGUAACAGUAGUAUAGGAGAGUAGAAGUAGCAGUGGUGAUAGUUGGUGUUUGUGCAGUAAAUACGCGAUAUAUAAUGAUAGUAUUAAUAAUAAUAGCUCUAAUGAUAAUGAUAAUUUUGCACAUGAUGUUAGUAAUAGUGGUAGUAAGCAUAUCGCAACAGCAGCAGUUGUAAUAGUGUUGACAAACAAUUAUAUCAUAUUCUUAUUUUUUAACAGAAUGUCUAUAUGAUUUUUAUCGAUUCUUUUAUCAUCGUUACUUGUGGUUUUUUAUGACCUUUUGGUUUAUUUUAUCUAAUAUACUAUUACAUACACAUUACGAAAAAAAUGAUUGUUAUCAUAACUAUUACCAUUGCUAUUGUUGCUGGAUGAUCGCUGUUAUUUUAUCCUUAUCAAUUUAUAUUAGUACUUGUAUACUCUAUUGUUGUUCCUGCUACUGCUAUUGCUAUCAUUUGUUGAAUAUUAUUAUUAUUAUUGUUAUUAUAUUAGUUAUACCAUUAAUAUUAUUAUUAUUAUCAUUAUUUACUACUAUUAUUGUCGCUCUUGUUAGUACCAUCACCGUCAUUGUAAUUAUGAUUAUUUCUUUAUAUUAAUAAUUAUUAAACAUACUAUUACUAUUACUAUCACUAUCACCUGCUAUUGCUGCUGCUGCAAUUAUCACUUUUACUAUUAGUACGACUGCUAUUAUUAUUAUUUUAUAUUGUUAUUUUAAUUAUUUUAUAAUUAUUGCACGUGUAUACACUCAGUGGAUAAUGAAGGUGAAGAAAGUAAGCUAAAAAGAGUAAGUAAAUGAAAAAGUAUGUUUAAUUGUAUGGGUAUGCCUCUCUCAUAGGGUAUUCGAAAAAUUUUAUUGAAAAUAUUAAAAUCUGUUUAAAAACAUUCAUUAUGUAGUUUAAAUGCGAAGUGGAUUUUGUUUAUAUCACAGUAUAUAGAUCCAAGCUGAUGGUCUGUCGUAUUACAAUAGUCUCUCCUAUGAUAUGUGUGUGCUAAAAUAUUUUAAUAUAUAAAUAAUUUUUACUCUAGGGUCGCGAUUUUAAUUUAUCGAAAUGCGAUUAUUUGUUUAUUAGAGAAUAUCGUUUCUGCGGAUUUUUUAUGCGUUUAUCAUGGUUUUUUUCUUAGCAAGUGAAAAGUUAUUCUCUAAUAUCGUAUAUGAUCGUUAUUGUCGAUGGCAAUAUUGUAAAUGUUGAUAUUUUAUUGUAAAAAGACGAAAAUUUGUACGUUUUCUGAUAUAUUUAAUGUUCUAGGUAUUAAAACAAACGCGUGAAAACUUAUAAAAGUAAUACGACAGACCUAUCACAGGGCGCCUGUAAUUAUAUUUGUAGUUAGAAAUAUGACAAAUAUUACUUAUACACUUACGUGCUAAAUCGUGAAAAUAAAAUAGUAAAUGGCA